UUCUGUCAGACACCGUUGAAUAAGCAAAUAGUGAAAAGCUACGUCAUUCACUAACGAUCGUUAGAUUGUGCCUGUGGUGAUUUAGGUUUUUGUAAAAAGUAGCACUCAAGUUCAUUGCAGUUUUGUUUAGUGUAAGCUUUUGAACAUUUAAUAUAAAACCCGAACACAAUGGCCGAAGGGAAAAGUCCUGAUGACCUGGCCACCGCAAUCCUGCGCCGCAAGGACCGCCCCAACAGACUCCUUGUGGAGGAAGCCACGAACGACGACAACUCGGUCGUCGCCCUUUCACAAGCGAAAAUGGAUGAGCUCAUGCUGUUUCGGGGAGACACAGUGUUACUCAAGGGCAAACGGAGGAAAGAAACUGUUUGUAUAGUUCUGGCUGACGAGAACUGCCCAGAUGAAAAAAUACGCAUGAAUAGAAUCGUCAGGAAUAAUCUGAGAGUUCGGCUUUCUGACGUGGUGUGGAUCCAGCCAUGUCCCGAUGUGAAAUACGGAAAGCGAAUUCAUGUACUUCCAAUAGAUGAUACUGUUGAGGGACUCGUUGGAAAUCUAUUCGAGGUAUACUUAAAACCCUACUUCCUCGAAGCAUAUCGACCCAUCCACAAAGGGGAUGUAUUCAUCGUUCGUGGUGGUAUGAGAGCCGUGGAAUUCAAAGUUGUGGAAACAGAACCGUCACCAUAUUGUAUUGUUGCACCUGAUACUGUCAUCCAUUGUGACGGUGAUCCAAUUAAACGAGAGGAGGAAGAGGAGGCGUUAAAUGCCGUGGGAUAUGACGACAUCGGAGGGUGUAGAAAACAACUCGCACAAAUUAAAGAGAUGGUGGAGCUACCACUGCGACAUCCAUCUCUGUUCAAAGCGAUAGGUGUUAAGCCACCGCGUGGGAUUUUACUCUACGGUCCUCCAGGUACCGGCAAGACCCUGAUCGCCCGAGCCGUCGCCAACGAAACCGGCGCUUUCUUCUUCCUAAUUAACGGUCCGGAAAUUAUGAGCAAGCUCGCUGGCGAGUCCGAAAGCAAUCUGCGGAAAGCCUUCGAAGAAGCCGACAAGAAUUCCCCGGCUAUAAUCUUCAUUGACGAACUGGACGCGAUAGCGCCAAAGCGCGAAAAAACCCACGGCGAAGUCGAAAGACGCAUAGUUUCCCAGCUGCUGACCCUCAUGGACGGCAUGAAGAAGAGCUCACACGUCAUCGUCAUGGCGGCCACGAACAGGCCCAACUCCAUCGACCCGGCCCUGCGCCGCUUCGGUCGUUUCGACAGAGAAAUCGACAUCGGCAUCCCCGACGCCACCGGACGUCUGGAAGUCCUGCGUAUCCACACUAAGAAUAUGAAGCUGGCCGACGACGUCGACCUGGAGCAGAUCGCCGCCGAGACCCAUGGCCACGUCGGCGCCGACUUGGCGUCGUUGUGCUCAGAAGCCGCGCUGCAACAGAUCAGGGAAAAGAUGGACCUGAUCGACUUGGACGACGACCAGGUGGACGCCGAGGUGCUGAACUCGCUGGCUGUGAGCAUGGAGAACUUCCGUUACGCGAUGACGAAGAGUAGUCCGAGCGCGCUGAGAGAGACCGUGGUGGAAGUGCCGAACAUCACUUGGGACGAUAUUGGUGGGCUGCACAAUGUUAAGAAAGAGCUGCAGGAAUUGGUGCAGUACCCGGUGGAGCAUCCGGACAAGUUCUUGAAGUUCGGCAUGCAGCCGUCGCGCGGAGUAUUGUUCUAUGGACCCCCUGGAUGCGGUAAAACGCUGCUGGCGAAGGCGAUUGCUAAUGAAUGUCAAGCGAACUUCAUUUCGGUGAAAGGACCGGAGCUGUUGACAAUGUGGUUCGGUGAAUCAGAAGCUAACGUGAGGGAUAUUUUCGAUAAGGCCAGAUCAGCAGCUCCCUGCGUGCUGUUCUUCGACGAAUUAGACUCAAUUGCCAAAUCUCGUGGCGGCAACGUUGGUGAUGCUGGCGGCGCAGCUGAUAGAGUAAUUAAUCAAAUUUUAACAGAAAUGGACGGCAUGGGUGCGAAAAAGAACGUAUUUAUUAUUGGAGCAACAAACAGACCAGACAUCAUCGACCCUGCUAUAUUGCGACCAGGACGUCUAGAUCAAUUGAUUUAUAUUCCAUUACCAGAUGAAAAAUCUCGAGAAGCAAUAUUUAAGGCCAAUCUACGCAAAUCUCCAGUGGCGAAAGACGUCGAUCUGUCUUACAUAGCUAAAGUUACUCACGGAUUCUCAGGUGCUGACUUGACCGAAAUUUGUCAGCGGGCGUGUAAACUAGCCAUCCGUCAAAGCAUCGAAACAGAAAUAAGAAGAGAGCGCGAAAGAGCCAUGAACCCCAGCAGUGCUAUGGACUUGGACGAAGAUGAUCCGGUCCCGGAAAUCACCCGAGCCCACUUCGAGGAGGCGAUGCGGUUCGCCAGAAGAUCUGUGUCAGAUAAUGACAUUCGAAAAUACGAAAUGUUUGCACAGACUUUACAACAGUCGCGCGGUUUUGGUACUAACUUCCGUUUUCCAUCGGGGACUGGCGGACCCACAGCUCCCGGAGGUACAGGGGGCGAUCAAGGUAAUUUCCAAGAUGAUCCUGAAGACGAUUUAUACAGUUAAAUGUUCAGGCUCAAUGUGCACCGUCUUUUUUAUUUGUAUUUGUCAUAAUUAUUUGAAUUCAAACAAUAAUAUGUGAGAUAGUUUUGAAUUAUAAUAAAAAAAGAUUCUGUAAUA